AUGGCGCAGCAAUCCAGCAUACUGCGAAAGCAUCCUUCUUCGCGAUGGUGGGAUGAGGUAAGUGUUCUUGAGAGCAGGGGGCAUGGCCACAAAUUAUGGUCAUGCAAAUACUGCCCAAUGGUGAACAAACUGAGUGGUGUUGAUCGUGUGCGAGCUCAUCUGUUAGGAGAAGGCCCAGGCAGCAAGGAUAUUGUGAGUUGUCCUCUCAUCCCAGGUAACAAGAAAGCGGAUCUGCUCAAUAUGCAAAAGGUUAUUGAUUCCGAGAAAGGGGCAAGGGGGAAGAAACGGCCGAAUGAAUCUGGUGGUGCUUCUAUGAGAAUGGAUGGCAAUGUCCAAGGAUUUCCACCGGUGGUAUCAUCCCAGUCAAGUGGAAGUGGCUGCAGUUCCCUGUUUUUUAGCAAACAGAGUCAAGUCCAUAUUGUUGAUUCGAUGGAUCCUGAGCAGAAGAACCGAGUUGAUGUGGCUAUCGAAAGAUUUUUCUGGAAUGAACACAUUCCAUUUGUCAAGGCUCGGUCACCUUACUUCCUCAACAUGAUACAGGAAGUUGCCAGGCAUGGUGUGCCUUAUGCACCACCAAAAUAUGAUGAUCUCCGGGAUAAGCUUUUGGUGAAAGAGAAACGAUUCAUUGACAUUGAGAUGGCAUCCUUGAGGAAGCAGUGGGAGCAGAGGGGUGCAACCAUAUGCGCAGACGGGUGGGCAGAUAGGAGGAAUCGGCAUAUCAUGGGGCUUGUGGCAUAUAGUCAAGGACGAGGAGCUUUUUUGAAGGCUAUCGACAUUUCCUUAACAGGAAAAACAGCUGAAAAUACUCUGCGCUGCUGGGAAGAAGGCAUUAACAUUGUAGGUGCAGAGAACGUUGUCAUGGUUGUGACCGAUGGGGAAAAUGCAAACAGAGCAGCAGCAGCACUUUUGCAACAGAGGUACCCGAAAAUUCAAUGGGCAGCAUGUUUUGCCCAUUGCUUGAACAAUGCCUUGAAAGACUUCGGUGUACUUCCAUGGAUGGCAACACUUCUGGAGCGUGGAAAGUCUUUGGUGAUCUUCGUUAGAAACCACUCUCAUAUAGUGGCACUGCUGGCGGAGUUUACUCACAAGCGAUUGCUGCGUUAUUGUGAUACCAGGUUCGGCUACAACUUCAUUAUGAUGGAGAGGCUGGUGGAGCUCCGAGAAGCUUUACAACAAAUGUUCGUAUGCCCUGCGUACAGAGCAAGGCCUGAGUCGAAGUCGAGAGCAGGAAGGGACAGUUAUGCAACGGUUUUUGAUGACAGUUUCUGGCAACAGGUUAAGGACAUGCUAGAGGUGUCCAAGGAUGUUAUGCUGCUUCUUCGUGUUGUGGACGGUGAUAUACCUGCGAUUGGAAAGAUAUAUGAGUGCAUGAACAGGUUGGAUGCAAGUUUAGAGGAAGGACAAUCGGAUUAUGGCAGGUACAGGGAACUUCAUCAGAUCAUGUCUAAUAGGUGGCAUGAGUAUCACUCGCUCAUGCACUCGGUGGCGUACAUGUUGGACCCCGAGUUUCAGGAGUAUGAAAAGCAUGCUAACAGAGAGGUCAUGAAGGACUAG